AUGCUGGACCCUUCGUCCAGCGAAGAGGAAUCGGAUGAGAUCGUGGAGGAGGAAGGCGGCAAGGAGGUGCUCGGCUCGGCCGCGUCCGGCGCGCGCCUGUCUCCCAGCCGCACCAGCGAGGGCUCGGCUGGCGGCGCCGGGCUGGGGGGCGGCGGCGGCGCCGGGGCCGGGGUGGGCGCGGGCGGCGGCGGGGGCAGCGGCGCGAGCAGCGGCGGCGGGGCCGGGGGGCUGCAGCCCAGCAGCCGUGCAGGCGGCGGCCGGCCCUCCAGCCCCAGCCCGUCGGUGGUGAGCGAAAAAGAGAAGGAAGAGUUGGAGCGGCUGCAGAAGGAGGAGGAGGAGAGGAAGAAGAGGCUGCAGCUCUAUGUGUUCGUGAUGCGCUGUAUCGCCUACCCCUUCAACGCCAAGCAGCCCACCGACAUGGCUCGCCGGCAGCAGAAGAUCAGUAAACAGCAGUUGCAGACAGUCAAGGACCGGUUUCAGGCUUUCCUCAAUGGGGAAACCCAGAUCGUGGCUGACGAAGCCUUCAUGAAUGCCGUCCAGAGUUACUACGAGGUGUUCCUGAAGAGUGACCGGGUAGCCCGCAUGGUGCAGAGUGGGGGCUGCUCUGCCAAUGACUCGCGGGAGGUCUUCAAGAAGCACAUUGAGAAGAGGGUGCGUAGCCUGCCUGAGAUCGACGGCCUCAGCAAGGAGACUGUGCUGAGCUCCUGGAUGGCCAAGUUUGAUGCCAUCUACCGUGGGGAAGAGGACCCCAGGAAGCAGCAGGCCCGGAUGACAGCCAGCGCAGCCUCCGAGCUGAUUCUGAGCAAGGAGCAACUCUACGAGAUGUUCCAGAACAUUCUUGGGAUCAAGAAGUUCGAACAUCAGCUCCUGUACAAUGCCUGCCAGCUGGACAAUCCAGAUGAGCAAGCAGCCCAGAUCAGGCGAGAGCUGGAUGGACGUCUCCAGAUGGCUGACCAAAUAGCCAGGGAACGCAAAUUUCCCAAGUUUGUAUCCAAAGAAAUGGAAAACAUGUACAUCGAGGAGCUCAAGUCGUCCGUCAACCUGCUCAUGGCCAACUUGGAGAGCAUGCCGGUGUCCAAAGGUGGGGAGUUCAAGCUUCAGAAACUCAAACGCAGCCACAACGCUUCCAUCAUCGACAUGGGUGAGGAGAGUGAGAACCAGCUCUCCAAGUCAGAUGUUCUGCUGUCUUUCUCCUUGGAGGUGGUCAUCAUGGAAGUUCAAGGCCUCAAAUCCUUGGCUCCAAAUCGCAUUGUAUAUUGCACAAUGGAGGUGGAAGGAGGAGAGAAACUACAGACUGACCAGGCCGAGGCAUCCAAACCAACCUGGGGCACCCAGGGUGACUUCUCCACAACCCACGCACUGCCCGCUGUGAAGGUGAAGCUGUUCACAGAGAGCACAGGCGUCCUGGCCUUGGAGGACAAGGAGCUCGGGCGGGUUAUUCUCCAUCCUACCCCAAACAGCCCCAAGCAGUCAGAGUGGCACAAAAUGACAGUCUCCAAAAACUGCCCUGAUCAAGAUCUCAAAAUCAAACUUGCUGUCCGAAUGGAUAAACCUCAGAACAUGAAGCAUUCCGGGUAUUUAUGGGCCAUCGGUAAGAAUGUCUGGAAGAGAUGGAAGAAAAGGUUUUUUGUAUUGGUGCAGGUCAGUCAGUACACAUUUGCCAUGUGCAGUUACAGGGAAAAGAAAGCGGAGCCUCAGGAACUUCUACAACUGGAUGGCUACACUGUGGAUUACACCGACCCCCAGCCAGGUUUGGAGGGUGGCCGAGCCUUCUUUAAUGCAGUCAAGGAAGGAGACACCGUGAUAUUUGCGAGCGAUGAUGAACAAGAUCGCAUCCUGUGGGUCCAAGCCAUGUAUCGGGCCACUGGGCAGUCACACAAGCCUGUGCCCCCAACGCAAGUCCAGAAACUCAACGCCAAGGGAGGGAACGUGCCCCAGCUGGACGCCCCCAUCUCUCAAUUUUACGCAGAUAGAGCUCAAAAACAUGGCAUGGAUGAAUUUAUCUCUUCCAACCCCUGUAACUUUGACCACGCUUCCCUCUUUGAGAUGGUUCAACGCCUUACUUUGGAUCACAGACUUAAUGAUUCCUAUUCUUGCCUGGGCUGGUUCAGUCCUGGCCAGGUGUUUGUACUAGACGAGUAUUGUGCCCGAAACGGAGUCCGAGGGUGUCACCGACAUCUCUGCUACCUCAGAGACUUGCUGGAACGGGCAGAAAAUGGCGCCAUGAUCGACCCCACCCUUCUUCACUACAGCUUUGCCUUCUGUGCAUCCCAUGUCCAUGGGAACCGGCCUGAUGGAAUUGGAACUGUGACUGUUGAAGAAAAGGAACGUUUUGAAGAAAUCAAAGAGAGACUCCGAGUUCUGUUGGAAAAUCAGAUUACACAUUUUAGGUAUUGCUUUCCAUUUGGUCGACCUGAAGGUGCUUUAAAAGCUACUCUCUCACUCUUGGAAAGGGUCUUGAUGAAAGAUAUUGUUACCCCAGUGCCACAAGAGGAGGUUAAAACAGUUAUUCGUAAAUGUCUGGAGCAGGCUGCUUUAGUCAACUAUUCUCGGCUCUCAGAGUAUGCCAAAAUCGAAGAGAAUCAAAAGGACGCAGAAAAUGUAGGCCGGUUAAUCACUCCUGCCAAAAAGCUUGAAGACACAAUACGUCUUGCUGAACUAGUCAUUGAAGUUCUUCAGCAAAAUGAGGAGCACCACGCAGAGCCACAUGUUGAUAAAGGAGAAGCCUUUGCGUGGUGGUCAGACUUAAUGGUGGAGCAUGCGGAGACGUUUCUGUCCCUGUUUGCGGUGGACAUGGAUGCAGCGCUAGAGGUGCAACCCCCAGAUACCUGGGACAGUUUCCCAUUGUUUCAGCUGCUGAAUGAUUUUCUCCGCACCGACUAUAACUUGUGCAAUGGAAAAUUUCACAAACACCUGCAAGACCUGUUUGCCCCGCUUGUUGUUAGAUAUGUGGAUUUGAUGGAGUCCUCAAUUGCACAGUCCAUUCACAGGGGCUUUGAGCGGGAGUCAUGGGAACCAGUCAAGAGUUUAACCAGUAACCUACCCAAUGUGAACCUACCCAAUGUGAACCUUCCCAAAGUACCAAAUCUACCAGUUAACAUCCCUCUAGGCAUCCCACAAAUGCCUACUUUUUCGGCACCGUCAUGGAUGGCUGCUAUAUAUGAUGCUGAUAAUGGAUCAGGCACCUCGGAAGAUCUGUUCUGGAAACUCGAUGCCCUUCAGACCUUCAUUCGGGACUUGCACUGGCCCGAAGAAGAGUUUGGAAAGCACCUGGAACAACGGCUGAAGUUGAUGGCAAGUGACAUGAUUGAGUCUUGUGUCAAAAGAACCAGGAUUGCAUUUGAAGUUAAGCUGCAAAAAACCAGUCGAUCAACAGAUUUUCGAGUCCCACAGUCAAUAUGCACCAUGUUUAACGUUAUGGUUGAUGCCAAAGCUCAAUCAACAAAACUUUGCAGCAUGGAAAUGGGCCAAGAGCAUCAGUACCAUUCAAAAAUAGACGAAUUAAUUGAAGAAACUGUUAAAGAAAUGAUAACACUCUUGGUUGCAAAGUUUGUUACUAUCUUGGAAGGAGUACUGGCAAAAUUAUCCAGAUAUGACGAAGGGACUUUGUUUUCUUCUUUUCUGUCAUUUACCGUGAAGGCAGCGUCCAAAUAUGUGGAUGUACCUAAACCCGGGAUGGACGUGGCCGACGCCUAUGUGACUUUCGUCCGCCACUCUCAGGAUGUCCUGCGUGAUAAGGUCAAUGAGGAGAUGUAUAUAGAAAGGUUAUUUGAUCAAUGGUACAACAGCUCCAUGAACGUGAUCUGCACCUGGUUGACGGACCGGAUGGACUUACAGCUUCACAUUUAUCAAUUGAAAACACUAAUUAGGAUGGUAAAGAAAACCUAUAGAGAUUUUCGAUUGCAAGGGGUCCUGGACUCCACCUUAAACAGCAAGACCUAUGAAACCAUCCGGAACCGUCUUACAGUGGAGGAAGCCACAGCGUCAGUGAGCGAGGGUGGAGGUCUGCAGGGGAUCAGCAUGAAGGACAGCGAUGAGGAAGAUGAAGAAGAUGAUUAG